UAUAAGUUUAUCUGUCAUAUAUAUUAAGAUUUUCUUCGAUAACGUGUCUGCUGACUAGUGACAAAACAUAAAUUAUCAGCACUAACCUUGUUAGGUUUUGAAAGUAAACAUUAGUUUAUAUCUAAACUUAGGUUAUUGAUCAUGUAAUCAAAUAUGAAAACUAACGUAAUGAAAUUCCUCAAGUUAUUUAAAUAAAGAAAACAAAACCUCCUACCUUGCGAGGAAAAGCAAUCGUGGCGCGAAGGGAACUUCCUAUGAUCUCUGCUGUGUCAAUUUGAUUGGACCACGAAUCUCGCACUCGUUACUGACGCUUACGUGGAUUAUUAUUUAUUAGCAAAGAGAAUUUAAAAAUUGUUUCUGAAGAGGCAGGAUUUGUGUAUAAAAUAGAGAAUGCAAGUAACGUGUAAUGACAUUAUUUCUCUAAUCGAAUUGUUUAUAUGAGUUUUUAUUAACUACUGAAGUAACCUAAACAAGAUUCAACAGUUCUUGAAACAUCGGAUAAAGAGUUUUGUUCUUCUUGAAAUACAAAGCAAAAUCCAUUUGAAGAGACCGGAGUUUUAGGUUUAUUUUUGCCCGGAUAUGGCGGAUAUAUGUUACGAAGUGGUGACAGACGCAUCUCCGUCGUCGGUUUAUGGAUCAACGCCGCCACAUUCACGGCGGAGACAGAGGUUUCAGACGGUGAUGAGUGAAGAUUGGGAGAAGAAUUGUAAGCGCAGUAAACAAGAGGGUUUAGCUACAAGGUGUUCUUCUAUUUCUCGAAGAUCUCAGGAUGAUUUCUCUGGGAGUAGAUUACUUAAAACGGAAACGGUAAGAGGUAAUGUCGAAGUGUCCGGCGAGUCUCCAAGAUACGGUGUAUCUUCUGUUUGCGGUAGAAGAAGAGAAAUGGAAGAUGCGGUGGCGAUUCAUCCUUCGUUUUCUUCUCGGAAGAACUCGGAGUAUCCUCAACACUACUUUGGUGUGUACGACGGUCAUGGUUGUUCCCACGUUGCAGCAAGGUGUAGAGAGAGGCUUCACAAGCUGGUGCAAGAAGAACUAAGCUCAGACGGGGAAGAGGAAGAAGAAUGGAAAACGACUAUGGAGCGUAGCUUUACGCGCAUGGAUAAGGAAGUUGUGUCGUGGGGUGAAUCUGUCGUGAGUGCAAAUUGCAAGUGUGAUCUACAAUCACCUGCUUGUGAUUCCGUUGGAUCAACCGCCGUUGUCUCGGUCAUCACGCCGGAUAAGAUCGUUGUCGCCAAUUGCGGUGAUUCUAGAGCAGUUCUCUGCCGAAAUGGAAAACCGGUCCCUUUAUCAACCGAUCACAAGCCUGAUCGUCCAGACGAAUUGGAUCGAAUCGAAGGAGCUGGUGGACGAGUCAUAUACUGGGACUGUCCGAGAGUUUUAGGGGUCUUAGCAAUGUCACGAGCAAUAGGAGACAACUAUUUGAAACCUUACGUGAGUUGCGAGCCGGAGGUAACCAUAACGGACAGGACAGACGACGACUGUCUCAUACUAGCUAGCGACGGGUUAUGGGAUGUGGUGUCAAACGAGACUGCCUGCUCCGUAGCGCGUAUGUGUCUUCGUGGUGGGCAGAAACAGGAAGGUAGUGAGGAUCCGACGAUCUCGGACAAGGCAUGUACGGAAGCGUCUGUAUUGCUGACGAAGCUGGCGUUGGCAAGGCACAGUAGUGACAACGUCAGUGUCGUAGUGAUUGAUCUCAGAAGAAAAGGAUACGUCAAUGGACACUAAUCGAAGACCAAGACAUCUCUCUUUUUCAGUUUUACUUUUUGGUGGUUCUUGGAAUACGUACGUGGUUGUAUACAAUAACAAAUUAACCCGAUUUUGUGGAAACCAGAACAAGGUUAAUCAAUACUUGAUAGAAAUGAUUAGUUGUUUUCUUCUCAA